GGGAGAAGGGAGGGACCAAAAGAGAGAGCGGAGAGGGCUUCCACCCCAGUUCGCCGACUAAGCAGAAGAAAGAUCAAAAAACGGGAAAGAGAAGAGAGCACAGGCACUUUCCGGAGCAAGCCCCUCUCCUCCAAGCCGACCUCGCUCCAGGGCUCCUAAGUCACUGCCCGCGGAGGACAAAGGCGCCCCGGGAGCGGCGGCGCGACCCCAGGGCGUGGGCCCCGCUCCGCCGCGCGCCCCGACGCCGCGGACAUGUCUCCCGCCCCCCGAGCCUCACGCAGCCUGCUCCCGCUGCUCACUCUCUGCACCGCGCUUGCCUCCCUCUGCUGGGCCCAAGGCGGCAACUUCAGCCCCGAAGCCUGGUUGCAGCAGUAUGGCUACCUACCUCCAGGAGACCUACGCACCCAUACACAGCGCUCACCCCAGUCACUCUCGGCUGCCAUUGCCGCCAUGCAGAGGUUCUAUGGUUUGCAAGUGACAGGCAAGGCUGAUUCAGAUACCAUGAAGGCCAUGAGGCGCCCUCGCUGUGGUGUUCCAGACAAGUUUGGGGCUGAGAUCAAGGCCAAUGUUCGAAGGAAGCGCUAUGCCAUCCAGGGCCUCAAAUGGCAGCAUAAUGAGAUCACGUUCUGCAUCCAGAACUACACCCCCAAGGUGGGUGAGUAUGCCACAUUUGAGGCCAUUCGUAAGGCUUUCCGAGUGUGGGAGAGUGCCACACCACUGCGCUUUCGAGAAGUGCCCUAUGCCUAUAUCCGAGAGGGUCACGAGAAGCAAGCUGACAUCAUGAUCUUGUUUGCUGAGGGGUUCCAUGGCGACAGCACACCCUUUGAUGGUGAAGGUGGCUUCCUGGCCCAUGCCUACUUCCCAGGCCCCAAUAUUGGAGGGGACACCCACUUUGACUCUGCUGAGCCCUGGACUGUCCAAAAUGAGGACCUAAACGGGAAUGACAUCUUCCUGGUGGCUGUGCAUGAGCUGGGCCAUGCCCUGGGUCUGGAGCAUUCCAAUGAUCCCUCUGCCAUCAUGGCGCCCUUUUACCAGUGGAUGGACACAGAGAACUUUGUGCUGCCUGAUGAUGAUCGCCGUGGCAUUCAGCAACUUUAUGGGAGUAAGUCAGGCUUACCCACCAAGAUGCCCCCUCAACCCAGAACUACCUCUUGGCCCUCUGUCCCAGAUAAGCCCAAAAAUCCUACCUACGGGCCCAACAUUUGUGAUGGGAACUUUGACACUGUAGCCAUGCUCCGAGGAGAGAUGUUUGUCUUCAAGGAACGAUGGUUCUGGCGAGUAAGGAAUAACCAAGUGAUGGAUGGAUACCCAAUGCCCAUUGGCCAAUUCUGGAGGGGGCUGCCUGCAUCCAUUAACACUGCCUACGAGAGAAAGGAUGGCAAAUUUGUCUUCUUCAAAGGAGAUAAGCAUUGGGUGUUUGACGAGGCUUCCCUGGAACCUGGGUACCCCAAGCACAUUAAGGAGCUGGGCCGAGGAUUGCCUACUGACAGGAUUGAUGCUGCUCUCUUCUGGAUGCCCAAUGGAAAGACUUACUUCUUUCGGGGAAACAAGUACUACCGUUUCAAUGAAGAGUUCAGGGCAGUGGACAACGAGUACCCCAAAAACAUCAAAGUCUGGGAAGGAAUCCCCGAAUCUCCCAGAGGGUCAUUCAUGGGUAGUGAUGAAGUCUUCACAUACUUCUACAAGGGGAACAAAUACUGGAAAUUCAACAACCAGAAGCUGAAGGUAGAGCCAGGGUACCCCAAGUCAGCUCUGAGGGACUGGAUGGGCUGCCCGUCAGGAGGCCGGCCGGAUGAGGGGACUGAGGAGGAGACGGAAGUGAUCAUCAUCGAGGUGGAUGAGGAGGGCAGUGGGGCUGUGAGUGCGGCCGCCGUGGUGCUGCCUGUGCUGCUGCUGCUCCUGGUGCUGGCAGUGGGUCUCGCAGUCUUCUUCUUCAGACGCCACGGGACCCCCAAGCGACUGCUCUACUGCCAGCGCUCCCUGCUGGACAAGGUCUGACCCCCACCGCUGGCCCACCCACUCCUACCACAAAGACUUUGCCUCUGAAGGCCAGUGGCAGCAGGUGGUAGUGGGUGGGCUGUUCUCACCCAUCCUGAGCCCCUUCCCUCCAACCUCCUUACUCAUCCCUAACUGGCCUCUCUCACCCUCACCCCUGGCAUUGCUUCUGUAGGUGGGUCCCCUGAGGGCUAGCCUCUGACCCUCAGGGGACCCCUGAGCUUGGUGUGAAUGUUGGGACUCUGCACUUGAAAGCAGGACCUCAGACCUCACUGGCAAAGGUCACUUGGGGUCCUCUGCAGCUUUCCCAUCCCUGAACAUACCUUAGAUCUCUGAACUCUGACCUCAGGAGGCUCUGGGCGUGUGAACCCUGCAAGUACCAGGUGUACCCAAUUGGCAGCCUCCCACCACUCUUUGGCUAAGAGGGAUCUAAGAGUGUGUGUGUUUGGAGGUGGAAAGAUUGUUCCACCACCUUAAAGACCGUGGUAGAAAGGCUCGAAGAGAGUCUUGGUGGCUUGGUCAGUCAAGUUCCUCUCCGCAAAGAUCUGCCUCUAUCCCACCCAGCCUGGAGAACUUCCAAAGGAGCCUGAGCCAUUAAGGAGGAAACUGGGGCUGAGGAAACCCUUGGCAAACCUAAUCACUCUGAACAUUAGCCUUGGAUGGCAAUUUCGAGAUUGGAAGAACUGAAAUCAUGGGGAGUGGACCAGGGUGGAGUGAGGUCAAGGGAAGACAACAGGAUCUGGAGCCUGGGGGUGAGCCUGAUGG